CAUGCCAUUUUUGGACUAGGCAACUUCCGAUUCAAUGACGAKUGCUGUUACGCUACUAUCAAAAUAGGGAACAUGACGGAGGAAAUCUAACUAUUGGUGCACUGAAAAUCCCCAUAAAUGCUGCGAUAGUAUAUCAGGGUUCAGUGUGUGUGGAUGGAGUCAGUGGCAUCUGAGAGCACCCAGCAUAGUUAUCACAGACAGGACAAUCCGAAGAAGUCCGUGUUCAGACCAACAGCCUGCACAUCGGCAGGCAGGGGGAGAAUGGUCAAGUACUUCUCUAACGACGUAGACAUCAGGACCACGUGGGACCAUGUUGUCUCUGCCUUCUGGCAGAGGUAUCCCAACCCAUUCAGCACCCAUGUUCUCACGGAGGARGUGGUGUUCCGUGAGGUSACGYCGGACCAGCGGCUUCUCUCRAGACGCCUGCUCACCAAGACCAAUCGAAUGCCUCGCUGGGCCGAGUUCCUCUUCCCCUCCAACCUAUCACGCUCCGUCUACAUCGUAGAGGACUCCGUCGUCGACCCGGUCACCAAGAGCCUCACCACGUACACCUGGAACCUCAACCACACUACGUUAAUGACGGUGGAGGAGCGCUGCGUGUUCCAGGAGUCAGAGGACCGGCCUGCCUUCACGCUGCUCAGACGAGAGGCCUGGAUCUCUUCUGGAGUCUACGGCUUCUCCAGACCUAUCCAGGAGUUUGGCUUGGCCCGCUUCAAGAGCAACCAGGUGAAGGCCAUGAAGGGCCUGGAGUACGCUCUGUCUAACUUACACGGAGAGGCACCCCAGCGUCAGCCCUGCGUCCGGGACACAGUGAAGACUGCUACAGAGAAAGCCAAGACCCUGGCCUCCGCCCCGCAGAAACAGCCCCAGCAGUACGUGUGACAACAGGGGAACAUCCCCCGCUACCGGCUGGAACCAGGACUGGAAUGGGACACUGUGCACGCAGGGCAGGCACAAGCAACACAUUCACAUGCAACACACAGGCUGGCCAAUUCUGAUCUUUUUAAGAGCUGAUCUGAUUGGUCAAAAGACCAAUUUGUGAGGAAAAACAAAUCAGAAUUGAGCUGCGCAUGCACACACUCUUUUAGCUGGCUUUUCAUUGACUGGAAGCUUGCUUGUAUCAAGGUCUCGGUGUACAGUAUGUGUACAAUAUGUCCAUCUAAACCACGAACAGCUCUGCUCCUCUGGGGUUAGGCUCUGUUCCUCUUGUUUUCAUUAGCCUAGCAUUAAUACAUCUCAGGUACUGAGCCCCUGUCUGACCGCCUGGCACAACCUAGGGGCAUGUUCAAUAGGCACCAGACGCAAGAAAAUGUUCUCAAACUGAGUGAAACAGAGAUGCAAAAGUAUGUGGACAGCCCUUCAAAUUAGUGGAUUUGGCUAUUUCAGCCACCCAUGUUGCUGACAGGUGUAUA